GUUCCGCCUUAUUGAGAACGGCUUUAGCGAGCAAAGCCGAGAACAAAGUGAACAGGGCUAUAACUAUGUAGUGUUGGUAGCUAACUAGUACAAACUUCCCGAUACAAAGUGUUUUGUUCAGUAUUGUUUGAUUUAUGCUGGCUAUAUGGAUUGCUAACAUUUUCUAAGCAGGAUCACAGCCAUUACCACAGCACCUUCAAUGACCUCCACGCUGUAGAGUGGCAGAUUACAGUAUAUCCAGGUGGCAGCUGCCUUGUUGACAGGAUGAGACACCCAGCUGGGAGAAGGUUUCUGUUUUUCUGGCUGAAGGAAAAUGACAAGCAGAAUGAUGAGAGAAGCCUUCUGAUACCAAAGGAUAAUGGCAUGGAUGAGGCAGUGGCUUUCGGCUUUCACAACAGGAGUAUUCUGCACGCUGAAGCUGAAGGGAGACACACAGGCCCCACUGUGGAGGUGCAGAUCCAUCAGGAGCAACCAAACCACAUCGCCUCACCCAGGGAGGAGGUCAGGACAGCUGUCUCCUCGCUUCAGCCUGGCACCAGUUGGGAUGCAUCUGUAUUUCUUGACGAGGCUGUUUUAAAAUGCAAAGCAAGCAAAGCUGAGGAAGGGCUCGCCCUUCUCCCACCACAGAAAUGGGACCAGAAGCCUGCCAGCUUGACAAACUCCUGCGUCAAGUACCUGAUGUUCCUCAGCAACCUGUUAUUCGCUGUCUUCGGCUUGCUGAUCCUGGCCAUUGGUCUGUGGGGUCUCGUGGAUAAGGAGUCCUUUGCCCAGGAGAGGAUCAGGCACAUUGGCUCAGACCCCAUGCUGGUUAUCGCUGGGCUGGGGCUGCUGCUCAGCCUGCUGUGUUUCACAGGGUGUGUGGGAGCCCUGCGGGAGAACGUGCCCCUCCUCAAGGGCUUUGCUGCGGGGGUGCUGGUGCUGCUUUCCAUCCAGGUGCUGACCGGGUUUGUGAUGUACAUGCUCAGAGACCAGAUCGAGGGGUUUCUGCGCAGCAGCAUGCUGACCGCUGUGAGCCGCUACCAGGAUGACCUAGACCUGAGAUUUAUCAUGGAUGAGAUGCAGAUCGAGCUGCAGUGUUGCGGGGCAGACACUUACCAUGACUGGGAGCUGAACAUGUACUUUAACUGCUCUGCCCCUGGUAUCCAGGCCUGCGGAGUCCCUGCCACCUGUUGUAUCGACCCGCUGGAGAACGGCACCGUGUGGAACUCGCAGUGUGGGCUGGGUGCUCAGGGGCUGGACGAGUUCACCGCACAGCGCCUCAUCUACCUGGGCGGCUGUCUGGGAGGGCUCUCCCGCUGGCUGAGCAAUCACACAGGCAGCCUGGCCACCGCCGCCAGCCUGCUCCUGGGAGCACAAGUGCUGAGCCUGUUCAUCGCAACAAGGAUCCUGAGAGACAUCGACAGGGUCGAGGCUGGCUGGCAACCCCAGUGAUAUCAGAUUGCAAUAAGUGACCGUGACGGGACACAUAUAAACACUGCACUGACACUGCCAAAUCAUUGAGAUCUUGCGUGCACGCUAUCACAAUCGACAGCCGUCUCAUGCGAAGGUACUGUAUAGGUUCCCCCUGGUUCCAUGUACUGUAACAGACAACCAGUAGUGGACCAUUCCACCAGCAGUUCUGCAGACAGUUAGUCAUGAAUCAGGGCAAGCUCAAAAACAAACUAUAUUAUUUACAAUUCUCCUAUGUGUUCACUUAACGUAGUCACUAACUAUAAGUAGAUAUAUUUAUUUACUAUAAUUAUGUAUAUGGUGAAAGGUAAUGCAGCUGCAGCUUUUGGCUGGUCUGUUAAAAAAAUAAUGUUCUGCACGUGUUUAUGUUUACUGAAUGUAUGUUAUUUAUUACAUACCGUUAAGUAAAGUUAUACAACAGUGGUGGUCAAAUGUGACCCUUUUAGUUCUGGUCUUUGUUCCAGCCCUGUUCUAAAUUGUUUAAUUGAACCAAUCUUGAAGCAGUUAAUUAUAUCAUUUUACCUGUUAAGCCUGGAGUAGAAUGGCCCUCCAGGACUGUGAUAGGACGCCCCUAUUACACGUUAUGAUAAUAAGUGUAAACUGUGAUGUCAUCCCAUAUGAAAACUUUAUUUGUAUGUAUUUCAAGUACCGUAGUUAGACGUUAACACAGACACUCUUGCUGUGGUAUAUAGAGCUCCUCCCAGUGGAAUUUUAGGGAAUUACCAGCAAUAAUGAGGCGCACAUGUACCAGAAUCAUUGCCAGUAGUUAUUAUUAGCAGUUUGUAUUUUUUAAGUUAUUAAUGCCUGUCUAUUUUGUCUAUACAAUAAC